GUCUCGCCUCUCUGCCCUCCCUCUCGCGCCUAACGCGGCGGGGGGCGUCACGUGACCCCACGGGGUAGCGCGGGAGGAGGGAAGGAGGAUCCCGGUGUUCGGCGGGUCCCGGGAUGCGGUGGCGGCUGAUAUGGCUGCUCAGCGCCGCCGCCGGCUGCUGCUGCUGGGGUCCCGCCGCGGGCAAGACGCUGCGGGGUGGCUUCGCCAGCGCCGUCGCCCGCCGGGAGCCGUGGCGGCCCGUGGCGCGCUUCCAGUUCCACGGUGACCAUGCUGUUCUGUGUGUCAGAAUCAAGAAUAUAGCAGUAGCUGUGGCAAAAGCAGCUAGACUUCACCUCUUUCAAGCACAGGAAUGGCAGAAGCUGGAGAACAGUGUUGAAGAUCACAGCUGUACAGAGAAGUUCUCUAAAGCUCAGCUGACAAUGACUGUGAACCACACAGAGCAAAAUCUGACAGUGUCCCAGAUUCCUUAUCCGGAAACAUGGUAUGUGUUUUAUGUAGACAAGUUUACCUGCGAGGAGAAUUAUUCUGAAUCCGAGGAUAUUCAGUUUGAAAUGGUCUUACUAAACCCAGAUGCAGAAGGGAAUCCAUUAGAUCACUUUAGCGCAGGGGAAUCUGGAUUACAUGAAUUCUUUUUCCUGCUUGUCCUAGCAUACUUCAUAACUGCUUGUAUAUAUGCACAAUCCCUGUGGCAAACUAUUAGGAAGCGUGGACCUAUGCAUGGUGUAUUAAAGGUGUUGACAAUUGCAUUACUGUUGCAGGCUGGUUCAGCUUUUGCCAACUACCUGCAUUUCUCAAGUUAUUCUAGAGAUGGGAUAGGAGCUCCUUUUAUGGGAAGUCUGGCAGAAUUGUGUGACAUAGUCUCACAGAUACAAAUGCUGUAUUUAUUGUUGAGUCUGUGUAUGGGUUGGACAAUAGGCAGAAUGAGGAAAUCUCAUGGCAGACCUCUUCAGUGGGAUUCCAGUCCAGCAUCUACCGGCAUUGCUGUAGUAGUUGUUGUUACACAGAGCUUUUUGUUAAUCUGGGAGCAGUUUGAAGAUACAAAUCACCACAGCUACCACUCACACCAUGGCUUGGCAAGCGGGCUGCUCAUUGGCCUCAGAGUCUGCCUAGCUCUGUCCUUGGCUGCUGGGCUGUACCAGAUUAUCACUGUGGAGAGAAGCACGCUGAAAAGGGAGUUCUAUAUCACCUUUGCCAAAGCCUGCAUUCUCUGGUUUCUGUGCCACCCAUGUCUUGCAACCAUUGCUGUAAUAUUCAGAGAAUAUCAAAGAGAAAAGAUUAUUACCAUAGGUGUUAUCCUCUGUCAGUGCAUCUCCAUGGUUAUUCUCUACAGACUUUUUUUAUCUCAUAGUCUAUAUUGGGAAGUAUCUUCACUGUCAUCAGUGACAUUGCCACUAACAGUAUCCUCUGGACAUAAAAAUCGACAUCACUUCUGAGAUGUUUAGGAAGAAUACAUUCUGUAAUAAAUGUGCAAUAAUGACUUGAAUAUACAGGUAUUUUUUUUUUCUCACAAGUGUAUGAUACAUUGGUUUCACUGGAAAACUGAUAAUAUCAAAGCACUUCACAGACCUUUGGUCUGACAAGAUUCCUAGAUUAAUGUGUUCAAAGUAUUGUGGAGUGUUAACAUCCAUCAUUUGAAGAGUUUUAUAGAUAUUGUUUAACAAGGGGUACUGAGCCAUAUAACAGAAGAGUACAAUGAAUUUUUUCUCUCCUGUUCACGGACACCAAAAAUGCCCUUACUUUGUGUCAAUACUAGUUUUGAAAUAAAAUGCAGUUCUUAAAACAUCUACAUGCUCAAACAAGUUGAAAAUAGGCCAGUUGUGAAAUUGGUGUGAUGCAUAAUGAUGAGUACAAGGGGUUUUUUUUAUUUUCAUGCUUUAGAGAAAAUGUAUUUUAUAUAUCAGUGUAAAAGAUGGGGAAAGAAAGCAGGGAGAACCAUCUAGAAAAUAUAUGUAAAAUGUUCACAACUGACUGCAAGAAACUUUCCUUUAUCAUGGGUGUAAAAGAAAAGCCUUUUCUGCAUCUAAUUUUCGUACUGGUUAAAAUUCUAAUGGGAAUGUAAUUAGAGUUUAUAUCUUCCUUUUUUUAAAAAAAAGUAAAUGUAACUAAAAAUUUCAUCAAUUCAAUCAAGGUCUAAACAGUUUUUGAGGCUUAGAAUACAUAGCAACAUAAAGGUAAUUAAAACAGCAGCCUUGCAUCUUUUAGAGGAGAAAAAAAGGCAAAGAAAAUGGAAUGGGUGUUGUGGUACUAGAAUUUUAAUCCUGAUAUAAUUCAUUUCUGUUACAUUGAGGAUUCAAUCAUAAUUAAGCCAUAUACACAGAUUAAAUUAACAGAAGCAUUUCAAAUAAAUGUUGGUUUCAGUCAUCAACUACCCAUGAAUUCCUGCCCAAGGAUACUUAAUCAGGAUUAAAUUUUCUAUGAAUAAUUGAAAAACAAAAUACUCACUGGAUUUGUUAUAAUCCAUGUUGGCACUGGGUUCUAAGUAGUUGCCAUCUUCCAUCCAUUGUAAUAAAGCCAUUCUACUUUGUGAUGCCCUAGCAUUCAGGAAGCCAGUGUAAAUAUAUACUUUAUUGAAGUGCCUAUUUAUAGAGUAUGAUUAAAUCAUGCUGACACUUUUUUCUUUCAUAAUAAGAACAUACCUAUUGCCAUUGUGAGUGAAUUUUUUCUUUUUGGAUUUAGCUUAGUUUAGACUUCAUACAUGUGUGUUUCUUCCCGAAAUGGAUUUUAUUUUCUAGCAAAUCAGUGUUUGCUUCUUCUUAACAGUGUGCAUUUGAUUAUGUCUCCGUGAAAAUGUGAAUACACUGGUUCUAGCUUUAAAAUAGCACUUAUUUUUCCAUUUAUCUUUGCCUCAGUUGUAAGCAUAGUUGAAAUAUAAGUCUGUUCCAUUUUAGUUUAGAGGCAAAACUAGAUAUUUGCCUUAGACUAAGGCAAAAUGGCAACAUGACAAAGUUGCUCAUUAAAUCAUCUCCUUUCUUAUUGUUUGUAAUUCAGAUCAAGAAUGGCAGGUUGAGGCUGGAAAAGAUGAGAUAUUAUGAUUUCACACAAUCUUCAGAAUGAUUAAAAGAUUAAUUAUUACAUUCCUCUGAUAACCACACAAAAAUAUUAUUGGUUAAAACUUCAGUCUUUAUUUUCCUGCUUAUCUUUGUACUUUUCAUCUUCUGAAGAAAAAAGCAUCAUGUUUUUGAUAAGUCUCCAAUAGUGUAGUAAAAGAGUUCUAGCUAUCCUCAUGUAUAAGACUUCAAAUUCACACAUAAAAUAGAAUUUUCUGAUAGACACAAGUGUUACUUUACAGUUUAUGAUCCAUCAUGAUGAAAGUUUUAAUCUGUUCAAAAAAACCCUCUAUUUGACUUUCAGAAGAGGCACUCCAUUUGUUUUAUUCUCCAGAAGUACUGUCUUACUUCCUGUAGUUCUGACUUCACUUGGUCAGUGUUAUGAUACCAUUUACCUUAUUUUCACUUUAUACCCCACAACAAAUCAUGGUUCAUUAGCAUAAGCACAAAAUGUAAGGUGUUGUCUUCUACAUCUUUCCCACAUUGCCCCAUGGGUCAACAGGUAACAUUAGUUUCUUAGUUUGGCAUUGGAUCCAGUUAUUUGAAAAUAAAUUUUAAUUUUGCUGUUAAUGUAACUGUACUAAUGAAGUAUCUCCUUCUCGUGGUGAGUGCUACAAAGGGUCUCUUAGCAGGUGCCCAGGUUUCAGCAGAUAGCCAGUGCUCACCAGUUGGUUGUUACUAAAUAAUGCACGCUGUAGCUAGUACAUCACUAUGACUGCAGUAAUAGUUAAUUUGGUGCAGGAUAUCUUGGAGAGGGGGGAAGUCUUUAAGUAUGACUAAUGGACAAAGCUUCAUACUUAACCUGUAGUCUGUGUUGAAACUUACUGCCUCUGAUCAUGCCUGAGGAGUGGUUCAAGUAUGUAAAAGUCUCUCUCUUCUUCCUAACUUACAUCUCCUGGGAGAACAGCUGAUAAGACCUUGCUUUUUUCAUGCUUAUCCAUGCUGUUACCCAUUCUAUCAACUUGAUUUCAUAACUUCAUCUUAAAUAAAUAGCUUCCAGCCUU